UUACGGUACGGYACAGUACCUAGUACCGUAGGUUGCAACGCCUUGUAUUGUCAACCAAGAACCGUCCCGACRAUACCUUCGCGCGCAGAUUUUGGAAGCCCCCCCUUUUUUGAACACCCACCCCUAAAAAACCCUUCUGUACAGAAUUUUGAAUUUUCAUUCCCGCGGCGGAGCGGAAAUUGCAAGGCCGUAGUAAAACUGAGAAUGGUACGGUAAUACACGGUACCCUGUACGACCGCACCGGACGUCUACAAAACACAUUUUUUUGGGUUGGAGAUCUUUCGACGGCAAUUUCGCGAUGUAAAACGUUGAUUUUCUCUGUCAAAAUCGAAACAGCCAUCAAAUCAUGGGUUCCAUUCAAAACGGGAAACGCAUCAUUGUCCCUCAGAGAAGUGUCAAUGGCGGUCUAGGUAAGUACAUUGACGGGUUUCUUCUGGAUCGACGUACAAGGUCUCCGUUCUACUGUAUUUGAAUCGAAUCGAAUCGAAUCGAAUCGAAUGGAUGACCGACGAGACGACAUGAGACGAUAGGAGAAAUCUUGGUGAAGCGUUUCCGCCAUCUCCCGUGUGUGCCGCAACGUUUCCCAUCGAAGCUUGAUUCGAUUCGUAGACACUCACUCGUUCUGUGCACACGCACUCAUACACAUACACAUACACAUACACAUACACAUUGCACGAUCAGCCUUCAAAUUCGAUACGGAUCCCUAUGGGAUCGAUCUGCACGGAUUGCUCACACCCGAGCAAUUCACCGAGGCGAUCGAGAACCUAAACACGAAGCUGCGCCCGAGCCGGCCKGGGGCGAUCGACGCCACACUUCUCGCCACGGGKCCKCUCUUGGUGCCCCUCGCGGUGUGGGGGGUCCGGCACCGCCUGCAGACGAAAAAGCGGAAACGGCUCCUGAAGGAGGGAAUCCACGAGUUCAAYACGUGCCGACAAUACCAAGACCUAGGUUUGUGCAUGAGGUGGAACCGUCGGCCGGCGCAGUCCGUGCUGCUGAUCGAGCGCAGGCAACACCAGGGCUGUGUGGUCGUAGCCGACGGGAGCAUCGGUGGUAAUUUCGACGGUGAAAUGGUUGUUGCCAGCGAGCCGCCCCGCGGAAAUGACUUUCAUCACAUUGCGCAGGCGACACUGCUUCCCAGCAGCAUUGAUUCUGGAUCUCGGCCGCCACUGCCACAGCAACAGCAACAGGUCUAUCCUCGUCCACAGCAGCACCAGCAGCAGCACCAGCAGCACCCAAAUUCGAGACAGGUUCAACAGCACCAGCACCAGCACCAGCAGGAUGAGCAACUAUUGGUAUUGUAGAACCAACUGUUGCCACGAUUGGCUUUCAGCCCACAAGAAGACUUCACAAGCAAGUGGUGGCAGUGUGUAGAAAUGGACUUCCUCCGUCACCAAAAAAUAGUAUUAGUGGAACUGACAGUACUAGCUACUCGCACUACUAGUACUACUACUAGUAAUAGAACUAAAAACUGCUAUUCCGAAUGUAUUCCCACAAAUAGGAAGCCUGUGACCCAGAUUUAGGCUUGUGGGUUUGUGGGUUUGUGGUACAAAGUAGUCCAUGUGCCAAGUGCAUACGGCACUGGGUAAAACAGAGAGAGGAAUUCAAGAGGGGGACGACUUCCACUAAAGUAUUUUUUCCGAGAAUCGCAGAUUUUCACCCAAAAUCUGGGCCAUUGAAUUUUCGUUAGCGCUCAUUUUUAAUGUUCUCAUCCAUACGAACUGGUUUCUAGUAUGGUACGUACCGUACGAGGACUCCUAAUGUCAAGCCCAAUAAAGUCAAGUACUUGGCAAUUCCCCUGGUGUCAUUUUUUUUAUUUUCCCGUUUUUAUUUCUCCUCUCCCCCUCGUCCAAGAAAAAAGUGUCCUAAAAUAUUUCUAAACCAGGUACUUACUACUGAGAAUAUCAAAUCAGUGCUUAUCUCAAGUAUUAAGGACCACUAAUAGAAAUAUUUUGGGACU